AUGGCCGCCCCAAACGUCGACCCAGCCAUGAAGACCCUUAAAGAGUUGUACAGCAACAUGGGCAAUGGCAAUCUGGAGGAUCAGAUGCUGUAUGCCUCACGAACCAUGCUGCCUCAUCUAGUCAAGCCUCUACGGCUUCAAAUGGGCAUUACGCAACAAACUUCGACGCCUGUGACAUUUCUGGACAAUGCAUGUGGGAGUGGUGUCUUGACGGAAGCAGUUCAGCAGACUUUGCCCAAGGAUGUUCUCGAGAAGAGUACAUUUGUCUGUGCUGAUGCUGCAGAUGGGAUGGUUAGUGUUGCAAAGAAGAGACUUGAUAUUGGAGGGUGGGUGAAUACAGAGGUUAAGAAGCUGGAUGCUACGAAUACUGGCCUGGCAGCAGGUUCAUUUACACAUGUUGGCCUUGGUCUAGCACUUCACCUUAUUCCCAAACCAGAUGCUGUUCUAGCUGACUGCAAACGCAUCCUCAAACCAGGCGGUAUCUUCGGCGCAACAACCUUCCACAAGGACAACACCUUCUGGCUCCCCGACGUAAGAUCCGCCUUCGAAAGCUUCCCCUUCCACGCGCCCUUCCCAGAAGUCAAGAUGCAGAUGCACGACCAAGGCGACUGGACAAACCCCGCAUGGAUCGAAGAGCACCUAAAAGAACAGGGAUUCCAGGAUGUUAACGUGACGGUUCACAGCGACAAGUAUCUCGUCAAGAGCGCGGAGGAGUUUGUGCUGCAAUUUGGGAUGAUGCUGGGCUGGUUGAUGAAGACGUGGUGGAGUGAGGAGGUCAGGAAUGAGCAUGGGAUGGACGAGUCGCCGAAUACCGGAGCGUGGCUAUCCAUAAACCACGUCUUUGCGCCCAAAGCUCAAGCCCACGCCCUCGCCCACGCCCACCCUGCUAUCAUGAUUGCUCCUGUUACUUGGGCUGUCGUCGCCCUUGGCGCAUUGACGCCUUUCGUUGCUGCUGCUCCUGAAGAUGGUCUCCCGUCGUAUCACUACGGCGCUUCUAUUCCUGUUGAGUGUAUGAGUCGAAACUCAGAAACAGGCGAACACAUUGAGAACGAAAAGCACGAGAUCGAAUGGAAGCCCUUCCCCAUGUGCAACGAGACCGGCCGCCCUCUCGAGUUCAACUACGGCACUGAAGGCGAGGUCAACUGCACCAUUGCCAUGAUCGACGACCCCUUCUUCCACCUCCUCGAAUUCUACAUCCACUCCGAUGCGCCCUUGUCGUGCCGCGUCCCCGCCCGUCCAGCUGCCGAGAUCGAAGUCGUGGGCGAGAAAUUGCCUGCGCGCGAAUACGUCCCUCUUGUCUUUGCUCUCGCUGGUACGCUGCAGCUGAGCCACAUCCAUAUCAGCACGCACAUGAACGUCCUGCUGCACAGCACGCCAAAGCACCACUCUCAUCCCCACGACAGCGGUGUCCUCGACUCGGCCAUUGCAUAUAGUACAAGUCCGCUGCACCAUAUACAGGGCUCACAUACGCGCAAGCUAGUAAUUGGCGACCCAUUGCCAUUAGCUUUAUCGGUGCGGUGGUUUCCUACACCGGCGCUGCCCAAGACGGAGGGAAAGGUCGAGUGGCAGGGUCUGGGCGGUCAUAUCUACGCUAGUACCGUAUUUUAUAGCUUGGUAUCCUUUGGCGCUGGUGUGCUGGUAGCUGCCAUGUAUACACUGGGUGUGGUGCUGCCCAAGAGGCUCAAGGGACGAGCCCUCGGAGGUGCGACACCUUUGGGAUAUGGUGUUAACACUGUGGGUAACGGAUGGGGUUACUCAAAGCCCAAUAAGAGAACAGACUGA